AUGGCUUCGGAUUCAGCAGCUGCGGUCGCCGUUGAGGAUUUUAGUGUGAAUCCUGAUAUCUGGGAGGCCUGUGCGGGGAGAUCUGGGACGAUCCCGGCGGUGGGAACGUCGGUCUACUACUUCCCGCAGGGCCACGCAGAGCAGGCCUUGGGCGAAGUGGACUGGGAGUCGGAGGCCGAGGAUCUCUCUUUCUUUUUCUGUAGGGUGACCGGAGUCCAGCAUCUGGCAAGCCGGAGCAGCAACGAGGUUUUCGCCAAGAUUAGACUCGAACGGGAUUUUAUGUAUCCGAAGCCGUUCUCCUCCGCCGGAGGCGUCUCGUCUGAGGGCGUCGAACGGGAAGAGGAGAAACUGGUGUUCGUCGCGAAGGUACUGACGCCUAGCGACGCGAACAACGGCGGGGCCUUUUCGGUGCCGAGGCUCUGCGCGGACAGGGUCUUCCCGUCACUGGACUAUACCAAGGAUAAUCCCUCCCAGGCUCUGUUCGUUCGCGAUCUGGAAGGUAACGAGUUGAGAUUUCAGCACAUCUACAGGGGAACACCUCGCCGGCACCUCCUCACAACGUACUGGGCCGCUUUCGUCAACAACAAGAAGCUGAUAGCCGGCGACACCGUGAUAUUCAUCAAGGACAGGACCGGCCAAAUUUACGUGGGGCUGCGCCGAACUGAAAGAUCGGGAGCAAGCGCAGGUUUCCCACGAGGUCUUCCGAGAGCAGGCCCCUCAGUGAUGUUGGCGACCACCGGGGAAUGUUCUACCAGCGGACAACUGUUCUCGAGAAAUCGCAGGGGCAGGGUCACGCCUCAGUCUGUCCUCGAGGCCGUCCGUGCAGCAUCGAUGGGCCGUCCCUUCGAGGUCACAUAUUACCCGACCGGGGGUUUCCCGGAGUUCGUACUUAGAAGGAAUCAGGUUGAUCAAGCUCUUAACAAGCUGUGGUUCCCGGGGAUCAUGGUGAAAUCGCAGAUGGGGACAGAGGACUCCACCAGGAUGCCGUGUUUCCAGGGGGCCGUGACUGACAUCAUCACGCAUCCCCGUCCAUUCGUCCGUUCUCCGUGGCGCACGCUGGAGGUUCUACCUUUAAAUUCCUCUCUCUUUUCUUCACUUCCUAUUCGUAGACUCAUUUCUCAAAACCUCGGCGAGCUUUUCUUUUUGGUAUGGAUAUUCAUCUGGAUGGUAGCGCAUGCUCGUCCUCAUUUCUCCUACGGUCUAUCGUCUCUCCAAAUCAGGUCACCUGGGAUGAACAAGAUGGCCAACGCAACUCAAAAAUGGUGAACCCCUGGGAGAUGGAGAAGAUUCACGGCCCCCGCGAUCUCACUCGGCCUCCUAUCACGAAGUUCAGAGCGACGAUGAACAGUGAGCUGAACAAGUCCCCCGUGGUGGCGCCGGCGAGGAACCCCUCCGCGUCUCAGCAAGAUGUAUUUCCUGAUGAUGGCAUCCAGGGAGUCAGGCAUGAUCUCAUCUCAUCUGGUACUUCUGACUACCGACCUAAUGGGGAUCACCUCUCUGCUGCACCACCCGAGGGAGAAAGUUCAUUGGGGUCAUCACCGACUGGGAAUCAGACCGUCACUAUCCGGCUGAUGGGGAACGACAUCUGCGUAGAUGUCCCCACCCCCGUUGCUGAAGGCGGCCGGGAAUCAUCAUCGGAGAAGGAAGAAAAAUGUGCACACGAGAACAAACUCAUCCAUUUUUUUCCUCCCAACCCGAAGCAGGAGACGGAAGAGAAGGGCCAAAAGAACCUCUCUGGAGAGUCUUUUGCUUGA